UUCAUGGGCCCCUAUGAUGCCCAACCCCCACACCAUCGUGUCGCAGAUUCCUCCUACUGCUACACAUUUCUCCGUGGUAGAUCUGGCAAAUGCUUUUACGUCUGUUCCUGUUCAUCCAGACAGCCAAUUCUGGUUCGCUUUUGAGUUCAAUGGGAAACCAUACACUUGGACCCGGCUUCCCCAGGGGUACUGUGAGUCCCCCACAAUCUACAAUGAGGUACUAAGAGAUUCUCUUUCUUCUUUGCAGCUUCCACAGGGCGUAGUUUUAUUAACUUACGUUGAUGACCUUCUGCUCUGCUGUCCUUCUGCCUCCUUGUGUGAGGAGGCCACACUGGCCCUCCUCCUCCAUCUUCAUUCUGAGGGUCAUAAAGCCAGUCUGCGUAAACUACAGUUCUGCCAGCCUCAAGUCAUCUUUCUAGGGCAUCACAUUUCUGCCACCACCAAGGCCCUGACCCCUAAACGGAUUGAGGCCAUUCAGAAAGCACCAAAACCUGUUACCAAGAAACAGCUGAUGUCAUUUCUAGGUAUGGUAGGGUUUUGUCGGGCCUUUAUUCCACAUUUUUCUGAACUUGAGGCCCCCCUGACUUCCUGUAUACAUGGUAAGAAUCUAUCUGCUCAUGACCAUUUCUUCUGGACCCCGGAGGCUGAGCAGGCUUUCCUGUCUGUGAAACAAGCGCUGUGUUCUGCUCCAGCCCUGGCUCUGCCAGACCCAGCCAAACCUUUCUUUCAGUUUGUUGAUGAAAAACAUGGUUUCAUGUCUUCUGUUCUCCUUCAACAGCACGGCUCUCACAAGCGCCCGGUGGCCUAUUACUCUUCCAAGCUCGACUCUGUUGCUGCGGGGCUUCCUGGCUGUCUGAGAGCUGUGGCUGCAUGUGAGAAGGCUGUACUUGCAUCACGUGACAUUGUGGGAUACAGUGAACUAACUGUUUUUGUUCCUCAUUCUGUAUCCAUCAUUUUGCUCGAACAAAAGACUUCUCAUCUGUCUGCAGCUAGAUGGCUGAGAUACACCACAGUUCUUCUCGAUAUGCCUAACAUCACUAUGAAACGGUGUACAUCACUUAACCCUGCCACUCUUCUUCCUACCGCAGAAGAUGGUGUUCAUCACUGUUGUGAGACUGUUCUGUCUGAAAUCUGCACUCCGAGACCAGAUUUAUCUGAUGAGCCUCUUCUUAACUCUGAUCUCAUUCUUUUUUGUGAUGGCUCCUCCUUCAGAGACCAUUCUGGUAAGAACAGAGUGGGUUUUGCUGUCUGUGAUGAGCAUCAGGUUCUCUUCUCUGGCUCCCUCCCUUCACAAUUCUCUGCUCAGACAGCUGAACUUGUUGCUCUCACUGAGGCCUGUAAAUUCGCACAAGGUAAGUCCCUGACUGUGUAUACCGAUUCGCGUUACGCCUUUGGUGUAGUUCAUGACUUUGGUGCGUUGUGGCGUCACCGUAAUUUUUUGAAAUCUGAUGGUAAGCCUAUUUUGAACUCCACACAGGUUGCGGCUCUCCUUGACGCUAUUCUUCUUCCUUCAGAUGUCGCUGUAGUGAAAUGUCAAGCUCACACUAAUGACACUUCCUCUGUUGCCCGUGGCAACGCCUUGGCCGACCAGGCUGCUAAGCAGGCAGCUCUGUCAGCCUCGCCGCACAUUCUCACCUCUUCUCCUCUCACAGAAGAGGAUCACUCUCCUCCCUGUUCUCUGCGGGACAUCCAGUCUUUUUCUACUCCAGAGGAACGCUCUGUCUGGAAGGCUAACUCCUGCACCCCUGAUUCUGCAGGCUAUAACACCGCCCGCCCUCUUGCCUGCCCUCCAGCUGGUCAUACACCACCUAAUCAGCCUUUUGAUCAUUUGAUGAUGGAUUUCAUUGAGUUAACACCUGCAGAAGUUCUCUCACAGGUGCAGAGUGUGGUGAAAGAGGCCCUGCCACGCCCAGCAUCAGAUCUGCUUCACUCCUUGGUUCCGGGAGAUUGGAUCUUGGUUCGAGAGACGAGGAGAAAGCACUGGCGGUCUAAAAGGUGGCUGGGUCCCUUCCAGGUCCUGUUGGUCACUCAUACAGCCGUGAAGGUCGCUGAAAGGUCCACGUGGAUUCACGCGUCCCACUGUAGAAGGUUUCAAAGUACCCCAACUCCAGCUGACCUCUCAACCACAGGGCAGAAUAAUCCCUGAG